AUGACCAUGGUCCUGAUCCUCGCCAUGGCCGUCAGUUACGGCAUUGGUUCCUACAUCGAAGGCGCCGUCGUCACCUUUGUCAUCCUACUCAAUGUCAUUGUUGGUUUCUUCCAGGAGUACUCCGCAGAAAAGACGAUGGACUCUCUUCGGUCUCUGAGCUCCCCCACAGCUCGUGCCAUUCGUGAUGGCGAAUCUGUCGUCCUUCCCUCUGGGGAUCUUGUGCCCGGUGAUCUCGUUGAACUCAAGGUCGGCGACACGAUCCCUGCCGAUGUCAGAGUCUUCGAAGCCGUCAAUUUUGAAACCGAUGAAGCUCUUCUUACCGGUGAAUCACUCCCCGUCCGCAAAAGCGAGACUGUCACGUUUCCUGAGAAGACGGGACCUGGUGACCGCCUCAACGUCGCCUACAGCUCGUCCAACGUGACCAAGGGCCGCGCCAAGGGCAUGUCUUCGCCACAGGAGUCUACACGGAAAUUGGUGCCAUCGCGUCGCAGCUUCGGAAGAAGGAGACUCGGCGUCGCCCCGUCAAGCGCAAGGCGACGGCUCCGCGAGACCCCAUCGCUAUCUCGAGGCGUACACGCUGACCCUAACGGAUGCCAUUGGCCGAUUCUUGGGCCGGCCAAUGAAUUCUCGUCUGAGCAGGAAGUCAUUAUCUACGCUGUAGCUACCGGGUUGUCGAUGAUCCCCGCUAGUUUGGUAGUCGUGCUGACGAUCACCAUGGCGGCUGGCACAAAGCGUAUGGUCAAACGCAACGUCAUCGUCAGGAAUCUGAAGAGUCUGGAGGCUCUGGGCGCUGUCACUGAUAUUUGUUCCGACAAGACCGGUACCCUGACGCAGGGCAAGAUGGUGGCCCGCGGUGCAUGGCUCCCUGGGAAGGGUACAUACACCGUGGAGAACUCUACUGCGCCGUUUGAUCCUACCGCAGGCGACAUUCGGCAUCACCCCGAAUCACCGCGCCGCAUCGACUUCAAAUCGGGCGGCGAUGCGUGUGGCACCAUCGCAAAGGCCGAGGAUUUGGUAAAGGACAGCCAGAACAGCCUGGGCGACUUUUUGCAAGUCGCAUCCCUUGCCAACCUCGCGACCGUCACGCAGAAGGAAGACCGGUGGGAUGCCCGCGGCGAUCCUACUGAGAUUGCGAUUCAGGUCUUCAGCACGCGCUUUGGCUGGAACCGCCACGAGCGAACAGCAGGAGAGAAGGCAGAGUGGCAAGAUGUUGCCGAGCUGCCAUUCGACUCUGACGUCAAGCGCAUGUCGGUUGUGAUGAAGCACAACGGAACCGGCCAGCUUCAUGCCUACACCAAGGGCGCUGUGGAGCGUGUCAUCCAAAUCUGUACCAAGUAUGCGCCGAGCGAUGACGGACAACUCGUUCCUGUGACGGAUGAGUUCCGCGAGGACAUCUUGCGCAACAUGGAGCUCGUUGAAUGCGACCUCGUGUUCCGCGGCCUGAUCGGCCUGUACGACCCGCCUCGUCCUGAGUCAGCCCCGGCUGUUCGACAAUGCCACGAGGCUGGCAUCUCGGUGCACAUGCUCACAGGCGAUCACCCUGAGACGGCCAAGGCCAUUGCCAUCGAGUUCGACGGCUUGUCUGAUGAAGAAGUCGACAGGCUGCCGGUGUUGCCUUUGGUCGUGGCCAGAUGCGCGCCCAGCACCAAGGUCCGCAUGAUUGAAGCUCUUCACAGGCGCAAGAGAUUCGUCGCCAUGACCGGUGACGGUGUCAACGACUCUCCCUCCCUGCGUCGCGCCGACGUAGGCAUUGCUAUGGGACAAUCUGGAUCUGAUGUUGCCAAGCGGCCAUCGAAGAGGGCCGCCGUAUCUUUGACAACAUUCAGAAGUUUAUCCUUUCACGUUCUUUCGGAAAACGUGGCUCAAGCCGGCACUCUUCUCGUGGGUCUUGCCUUCAAGGAUGGUCGUGGCCUGUCCGUGUUCCCCCUGGCUCCUGUACAGAUCAUCUGGAUCAUCAUGGCCACCUCGGGCAUGCCUGACAUGGGUCUCGGUUUCGAGCGGGCUGUUCCUGACAUUCUCCGUCGGCCGCCGCAGUCGCUCAAGUCUGGUGUCUUCACAGCUGAGUUCCUCGUUGACAUGGUCGUGUAUGGCCUGUGGAUCACGGCGCUUUGUCUCGCGAGUUUCUCCCUCGUUGUCUUUGGCUUCGGGAACGGCGAUCUUGGUGAAUUCUGCAACGAAGACUAUAGCGAGCGUUGUGACGUUGUGUUCCGUGCACGCGCAACGACGUUCGCUUGCUUGACUUGGUUUGCGCUGUUUCUGGCGUGGGAAAUGAUCGAUAUGCGUCGGUCAUUCUUCCGCAUGCAGCCUGGAUCGAAGAAGUACUUCACGCAGUGGAUGCUUGACGUGUGGCGGAACCAGUUCUUGUUCUGGGCCAUUAUCUUGGGCUUUGUUACGCUGUUCCCCCUGCUUUACAUUCCCAAGCUGAACACGGUCAUUUUCAAGCACUCGCCCAUCUCCUGGGAAUGGGGCAUUGUGUUCAUCGCCGCAGGGCUCUUCUUCGCCGGCGUCGAAACGUGGAAGUGGGGCAAGCGCGUGUACUUCCGCCGGCAGGACCGCAAGCGCCUCGGCCCGGCGUUCAAGGACAUGGACAUUGAGCAGCGGGUGUUUGGCGAGUUCCUCGGUUCGGAGACGGACGAGGAGGCUGCCCAGGGAGGAAAGGCGCAGUAGGCGUAUGGAAGCUGACGGACCACCAGACUGUCCUGUCUGUCGGCUGAAAAGUAAAAUAGGUGUUUGAGAGGCAGACGCAAGGUUUCAACACGAAGCGUCCUGUCGUGGUGGGUUGUGCACUUGUUGCAUUUGUUUUGAUUUCACAGAUAUAAAAUCCAAAAAAGAAUUGUGCG